GCCACACCAUGAGAACUUCAGCUUGUUCUGCCGGCAAAAUUUGUGUUCCUGUUCUCUAUCUUUUGUUGCUAAUGAAGAAUAAAGUGGACUCAGCUGAUCUGUUGGCGCCAGAAGAAGUAACAGCAUCACCCGGUGGAUUGGUGAAAAUCGCAUGUCAGUACAACCUUCAGUUCAAGGAAAGACCUAAAUACUGGUGCAAAGGAUCCAUUUAUGAACUGUGUAGAAUACUGGUGGAAACAACCAGGAAAACACAACGUGACAGAUUCUUUAUUGCCGACGACAGGGAAGCAGGCGUCUUCACCAUAACUAUGACUUCACUCAUGGAAAGUGAUGAAAAUAAGUACUGGUGUGUAAUAUCCAGAUCUGGAAGAAACGUCUACAAAAGUGUCAGGCUUGUCAUCACUCAAACAGCUACAACACCAAGCACCACAAAAAGUAGCUUCUUGACACAGCAGGAAACAAGUCUGUGGGCAUCUCUACGGUGGUUUCUCUUUUUAGUGACAUUGGGGUGUUUGGCAAUGACACAUGUGGUUGUCUGGAGGAUGGAGGCUUCAAGGAACCCAGAAUCAGAAAUGACUGAUAUGUAAAUGAGCUGGUUUCUGGGUAAAUCAUAAGCACAGUCAUCUGUGAUAUCAAGAACAGUGGAGAACAAAGGACAAAGAAGACAUGGAGUGGACAUUCAUUUAGUGUGUGAACACAGGUUUUACAUCCUGGUUCAAAGGAUGUACCAAUUGGGGAGACACAACACCAACAAUUGUUUUAAGUCAUGUCAAAGGCAUUUAUUACAAAAAACAAAAGUAAAGAAGGAUGUUGGUGACAACUCGGGUGUACCGGCCAGCGUAAGCCCAGGAGUCGCAAAUCAGGAGAGCCUCUUAAUGGCAGGUGUGCUGGAAGUCCCUACUACAUCAUUUGGGAACACCAAGAACUCCCACGUUCCACCCAGGGGUGCCCAAAGUCAGUCCUGGAGGGCCAGCAUCCUGCAUGUUUUAGUUCUCUCCCUGGUUUAAUGCACCUGGAUCAAAUGAUGGCUC